AUGGUGGGCCUAGUACUGGUCGUGGCAGGCGUUUUAUGCCUUGGCCUGUACCAACUAUAUGUUUCUAUCACCACGAAGAAAAAGCUGCCGGAUGGCGCAAAGCCUCUGCCUGGUCCGAUGAACCUACCCUUCAUCGGCCGCGUCCACGAUGUCCCAGCUGAAGGUAGCUGGCUCAAGUUUCACGAAUGGGGCCAAAAGUACGGCCCCAUCUACACAAUGGACAUGUUUGGCUCAACCCACAUCUGGAUCUCCUCCGAGUCGGUCGCUACAGAUCUCCUCGCCCGCCGCAGCACAAUCUACUCGGACCGCCCUGUCAUCCCGAACCUGCCUGACAACCGCUACAGCGGCAACUACCUCGCCCUCGCCGGCCGUAACGAUACGUGGAAGCGCCAGCGCAAGCUCGCCCACGGCCUCAUGUCCGUCUCGGCGGCCCAAGACCUGCAUGCGUACCCGACGCGCGAGCGCGACCGCCUUCUGUGGCUCGUGGCGACGCAGCCCGCCGAGUACAGGGAGUGGAUCGAGCAGUUCACGUCGCGGACCGUCGCGAGGCUGUCGUGGGGCAGCGCGGCGCCGGCCGACACGCUGCGCGUCACGACACAGGGGUUGCUCGAGACUAUCAGCCCCGCCGGUGCGCUGCCGAAUGUUGUUUCUUUCCUUGCCGGCCUGCCGAGGUGGGCUUCUCCCUGGAAGCGGAGGGAGGCGGCACGACACGCUGUCGAAGAGAAGCUGUUCACGCGGUGCGUGGCUUCGGUGCAGGAGGGUAUGGAGGGCAGCGGGGCGCGGCCGAGCUUUGUGCAGACCUUCCUGUCCGAUAGAAGCCCCGGCGGGAAGUAUGCUGAUGUAGAGGUGUGGGAUGCCAUGUACACUGUCGGCCAGAUGGCUAUCGCUGGGGCCUUGACGAUCGGGAGCCCCAUUCAGAGUUUCUUGUUGGCAAUGCUGCAUUUCCCCGAGUGGCAGAGAAAACUCCAAGAGGAGAUUGAGACCGUCUGCGAAGGACGGUGUCCCCAGUGGUCUGACCGGGAAAGGCUGCCCAUGGUAAGAGCUGUGGUCAAAGAGGUGCUGCGGUGGAGGCCACCCGUACCAACAGGUAUUCCGCAUGCAGUGGAAACGGAUGAUGUGUCCAUCACUCGCGAUCCCGUCACGUAUCCCGACCCCGAAAUUUUCAACCCCGCCCGCUGGCUCGAAGAGUCUUACCCGACGUACAAAGCACCACUCACUACGUACCCCAAUCUCGCAAACUACAGUCAGUUUGGCUUCGGUCGGCGGACCUGCCAAGGCGUCUCCAUCGUGGAGCAGGACUUGUUCCUGACGAUGGGUGGGUUGGCGUGGGCAAUGGAUAUAAUUCCGAAGAGGCGGCCCGAUGGCAGUGCUGUGCCAGUCCACUGGAACGACUUCACGCCACUCCUCAUCGCUAAGCCCGCCGCAUUUGAGUUUGAUGUCAUUGUACGAAAGGGAAGAGAAAGUCUUUUGCGGCAGAUGCAUGAAGAGGCAGGGAGCGGGGAUGAUGUAGAGAAACAAGCGUUCAAUGGGCAGAUCACCAAGGAGUGUCUGUUCACCAAGGAGGCCAGUGAUCUCUCUGAGGCUGAGGGCCAGUAUCACGACUUUGAGCAAGGCGAUGCUCACAUGCAACGCACACAGUGCUGA